AUGUCACUGCGCUCGCAUGGCACCCAGCCUUCCGAAUCUAGCACAAUCGCAGACCCAUCUUUACCUCCAAAGUCUGGCAUCUGCCGGCUGCUGAAGGUUGAACCAGAGAUGAGACUUGGAAUCUACGACUUCGUCUGGGCAGACAUAUCCCACAAGCGCAUCUCUUGCUUCCCUCACGGCGCUGAAGGCAACGUGGGCUGCAUCUUCCCAGGCAGCUGGCUCAACGAGAAAACCGUGGCACUUUUCAGGACCUGUCACAUCAUCUAUCGCGAAGCCUUUCCAAGUUUCUAUCAAACUGUCAUCUUCGAAGUCACUUUGUGGAAAUCGACAUCCACUCCGGUACCACGUUGCAUCAGAACCGGAACCGAGAUCGGGAGAUACCUUAGGUCUAUCGCCCUCCGAAUGCCCAUGUUCACCGUCAUCGACAAUGCAACCGCCAUCGACCAGUUGUGCGCGACGAUUCAGGUGCCCGCGACUCAGGUGACGGAAAUCAGCACCGUACUCUUCAACCUAAACAGAGUCACCUUCAACCAUUUCUCGCCCUCUUAUUACGGCCACCUGCCGAAUGGCCAACCGUCGGACUGCUUGGAGGAGUACAAAGAGGAGCUGUCCGUGCGGCAGCUUGACUUGAGCGCCAAUACCUUCGAGGCGAAGAUCUGGUCGGCUCUGAUAAGGCAGGUUGAGCUGAAGGUGGCUGUCAUGGAGGAGCGGUCGCAAGCUCGCAAGCUGGAGCAAAGGGAGGGAUGA